UGCGCGGUGUGUCCUGGCUCGUGCUCCCGAAUCAGGUCACCAUGGCGACGGGGAAGACCUCGUGUAACCCAGGCGAAUAUGAGGUUGGAGGAAAUCUUUCCUGUAGCAGAGUCUGCCCAGCUGGCUACUACGUAAGCACACGCAUAGACCAGGACCAUCACAUUGGAGCCUGCUCGCCUUGCCCGUCUGGAACUUUCAGAACUCAUCCCAGUGAAGAGCCUCGAUGCGUGCCGUGUGCCCAGUGCCGAGAGGAUCAGGAAGUGGUGAAGCACUGCUCCACGACCAGCGACCAGGAGUGCCAGUGCCAGCCGGGCAAGUUCUACUGUGACUCUGAGGACUGCACAGAGAGCUGCUUCCGGUGUACAAGGUGUGAAAACGGUGCCAUCCUUCAACCCUGCAAUGCCACAAGCAAUACAAUUUGUGCCUUAAAUCCACAGUCAGGAAACGCAGGGUCGUCACACGCCUGCCUGGGUGUGAGUGCGGAGGUUUGCAUUCCCAUCGUCGUCGUCCUCAUCGUCGUCGUCCUCAUCGUCGUCGUCAUCAUCAUCGCUGCUUUUGUUGUCUACAGAAGAAGAACAGGAAGUCAGAAUAAGCUAAGUGGAUCUUCCCCAGGAGCCAGUCAGUCCAACGACCUCGAGAUGGGCCCACUAGCCCCGGGUGAGAACACCAGCCAAGAGUUGGUGGGGAACUCAGCCCGGCCGACCUCCACAGUCCCUGGAGGUUCUGAGCCGCUGCAGGUGGCCAACGGAAGUCUAGCAGCGCCAGGGGAGCCAGGAGACCAGACCCGAAUACUUGAGGCCCCCAGCACCACCGGGCCAGGCGGAGCCAUCCACCUCAGUUGAUGGCUAGAAGCAGGUGUGCAGACCGUCUGGUAUGUGGGAUCUUAGUUCCCAAUCAGAUGUCGAACCUGCACGCCCUGCAUUAAGAAGUCCCAACUAUUGGACCACCUGAGAAGUCCCUACUGCUACUGCUAAGUCACUUCAGUCGUGUCCGACUCUGUGCAAUCCCAUAGAUGACAGCCCAUCAGGCUUGCCCGUCCCUGGGAUUCUCUAGGCAAGAACACUGGAGUGGGUUGCCAUUGCCUUCUCUGUGAGAAGUCCCUACAUUCUUGCUUUUAA